AGAUGCCAGUGAGGAGCUCCAGUCCAGAUGAUCCAGUGAUCCGGAUUCUUCUGAUGGGCAGAAACAGGUCUGGGAAAAGCUCAUCUGGAAACACUAUACUGGGUGAACGAAAGUUUAAAGUCCACAAAGCUAAAGAUGAGUUUGGUGUAGUUGGUGAUGAAGAAACCAAGAUCGGAGAGAAGCAGGUUUCUGUGAUUGAUUCUCCAGAUCUACUGGAUCCAGAUUUGGAUAACGAGCAGCUGAAAAUGCUGAAAGAUCAGCUGGUCUCUCUGUGUUCAGCAGGUCUCAGUGCAGUUCUGCUCACCGUUCCUCUAAAGAAACCUGUGAAAAAUGAGGAAGAGUUCCUGUAUUUCAUUAAAGAUUUAUUUGGUCCUGAAGUUCAGAAGUACAUCAUGAUUCUGUUCACACGUGGAGAUGAACUCGAAGAGCUUGAAGAGACCAUUGAUGAACAUCUACAAAAUAAUGAUCAUUCUGAUCUCCAGCAGCUGGUGACUGAAUGUGAAGGAAAGUUUCAUUGUUUCAAUAACAAGAGUAAAUCAGAUUGUCAGAAACAAGAACUACUGCAGAAGAUUAAAGGAAUAAUGGAGGAAAACAGAGGAAAAUUUAUCAAGGAACAAAUGACGAGGAAUGACAGCAAGGAGAUGAUGAGCAAUUUUUCGGGAGAAAGUUCAACAGAUGAAGUUUUACUUAAGCUUCUGACUCCUGAAAGUAACGACGAGAUCAGGCUGGUUCUGCUGGGAAAAACUGGAUCUGGGAAAAGUGCCACUGGAAACACAAUCAUCGGCAGAAAUGUGUUCAAAUCCUCCAUCAGUUCAAAGUCUCAGACAAAACAGUGCAGUGUAGAAAAAACAGUGAGGUUUGGUAAAGUGAUCUCAGUGAUCGACACGCCUGGACUUUAUGACACUGAACUCAGUAAAAAGAAGAUUAUUAAAGAAAUAGUGAAAUGCCUAACACAUUCAUCACCUGGACCACAUGCUUUUAUCUUUGUGAUUAGAGUGGGUACAUUCACUGAGGAAGAAAAAAAUACAAUAGAGCAGCUCAAAGAAUUGUUUGGAGAUCGGAUACUAAAAUACACCAUGAUCAUCUUCACUCACAAAGAUCAGUUAGUAAAGGAAAAGAAAACCAUUGAGCAGUAUCUAGAGAAUUGUAAUCCAUAUCUUAAUAAGCUCGUACAGAGUUGUGGAAAGCAAUUCUGUUUAGACAACAACUCGACCAGUUUCCCACAGUUCAAAGAUCUGAUCAGUAAAAUAGAGGAGAUGGUUGCAGCAAAUGGAGGACACUUUACGAAUGAAAUGUUUGAGGGAACAGAGAAAUGCAUUCAGGAGAUUCAGAAGCAGAAACUAAAAGAGAAACUGGAGCAGGUAAAACAGAAAGGGGGCCUUUCAACUGAUUGGCAGAAAAUAUACUGGCAUUUAGUAAAGGACUCCCGACAAGAAGCUGAGCAGUCUUUUUCUGACAUGUUUGUAACAGCUGUAGCCAAAUUCAUGGGUAAGAUAAAAGUGACAGAGGAGGAGAAAAAGACUGCCAUAGAGGAUGCUCUGAACAUAGGAAUCAGUCAUACAAAAGCUGUUAAACUUGCAGUCAAAGCCACAGCGACACUAGCGAAACAAAAGUGUGUGAUUCUAUGAAAGACUCAUUAACAAGCAGACACACUUAAAUUCAAACUUGUUUAUUUUUUUGUUUUUUUGUUUUUUUCUUUCUGAAGGUGUUUCUUGUUGAUGAAACCUAAAAUGUAAAGAAUGCUGCUGGGGUAAAAAUUCUCACAUCUUCUACAAUAAUCAAUGUAAUCCUGAAUUGUAGAGUUCGUGAGAGCUCUAGACAGACAGUCUAAAUAUAAUAAUCUCAUGACUUGAGUGAUCAUAAAGCUAUAUUUGCUUUGCCAGUAGCAGAGGUGGGUUUUGGAGAGUUGCAUAUA